AUGGAUGGAUGCAUGAGCUGGUUUCAGGUUGAUGAUGUUUAUGGUGUGUCUGGUGUUGCGGGUUGUUUAUGCAACCUCACCGCCCAUAUUCUAAGCCUCCACCUUCAUGGACAAACCCAAGAUUUCGGGAGUGAGAUCCACAAGUCCCUGUUGGAGUUGCGAGAAUUAGAGUAUUUGAACCUCAGUUCCAAUUAUUUUACAAAGAGGCACAUCCCAGAGUUUUUGGGUUCUCUAAGAAACUUGAGAUACCUUGAUCUGUCAUCAAUUUUUUUUGGCGGAAAAAUUCCAACUCAGUUUGGGUCUCUUUCUCAUUUGAAAUACUUAAAUCUUGCUGUCAACUUUUUGGAGGGUUCAAUUCCUCGUCAACUUGGAAAUCUCUCCCAAUUACAAUAUCUCGAUCUUGUAGGCAAUUCUUUGAAAGGAAACAUACCUUCCCUACUCGGAAAUCUCUCUCAAUUGCAGUAUCCUGAUCUUCGGUACAAUUUUGAAGGAAAUAUACCAUCUCAGAUUGGGAACCUUUCAAACUUACGAGAGCUCUAUCUCGGAGGAUAUCAUGAUACUCUCAAAAUUGACGAUGGAGGUCAGUGGCUAACAAAUCUCUUCUCUUUAACCCAUCUUUACAUGGAGUCUAUUUCAAAUCUUAAUCAUUCUCAUAGUUGGUUGCGAGUGAUUGCCAAGCUACCAAAUUUAAGGGAACUGAGUUUAGUUGAUUGUAGCCUUUCCGAUCACUUCAUUCUGUCAUGGAGGCCUUUCAAGUUAAAUUUUUCUACUUCUCUCUCGGUCCUUCAUCUUUCUGAGAACUCCUUCACCUCACCGAUGAUAUUCCAGUGGGUGUCAAACAUCACUUCCAACCUUGUUGAGCUUGACCUUAGUUUUAACCUCUUGGAGGGUUCCACAUCAGGUCAUUUUGGCACGGUCAUGAAUUCGCUUAGACACCUUGACCUCUCCUCCAAUAGAUUCAAGGGUGGGGAUAUGAAAUCCUUCGCCAAUAUAUGCACCUUACAUUCUUUAAAUUUGAUUGCAAACAAUUUGACUGAAUCUCUCCCAUCCAUUCUUGGUAAUUUGUCUAGUGGUUGUCUUAAACACUCAUUACAAGAAUUGGAUUUGACAGGUAAUUAUAUCACUGGCAAUUUACCUGACAUGUCCGUAUUCUCAUCUCUAAAAACAUUGCUUCUUGAUAAAAAUGAUUUGAAUGGAAAGAUAUCUGAAGGUGUCAGGUUACCAUCAAAUUUGGAGGUUUUGUCAAUCAACUCAAACUCCUUAGAAGGUGGAAUUCCAAAAUCAUUCGGGAAUGCAUGUGCUUUACGCUCACUUCACAUGGCUAAUAAUAGCUUCAAUUGUGAGUUUCCGACGAUAAUUCAUCACUUGUCUGGAUGUGCUAGAUAUUCAUUGGAAGAAUUAUAUCUAGAGAAGAAUCAAAUGAAUGGUACACUACCUGACCUCUCAACAUUCACAUCUUUAAAAGAAUUAUAUCUUUAUGAAAAUAAGCUAAAUGGAGAGAUUCCUAGAGAUAUUCAAUUUCCACCUCAACUGGAAGCACUAGAUAUGCAAUCCAAUUUCUUAAAAGGUGUGUUCAGUGACUAUCAUUUUAUUAAUAUGUCCAAGUUAAUCCAUUUGGACUUAUCUGACAACUCAUUGGCCUUGGCAUUUACUCAAAAUUGGGUCCCACCUUUUCAGUUGAUAUACAUACUAUUGAGAUCUUGCAAUCUGGGUCCAACGUUUCCAAAAUGGUUGCAAACACAAAAUGAACUUUAUAUUAUUGACAUUUCAAAUGCUACAAUAUCGGACAUUGUUCCGGAAUGGUUUUGGGCUAAAUUACAAUUGCAAGAAUGGAUGAGAGUGGAUAUUUCGUAUAACAAUCUACAAGGGAUAAUUCCAAAUUUUCCACAAAAUAAUCCUCAUUUUUUCGUAUCCCUUGGAUCAAAUCAAUUUGAAGGCUCUAUUCCUUUGUUUCUAAGGAAUUCUCAAUCUCUCGAUUUAUCCAAAAAUAAAUUCUCGGACUUUCAUUCCUUUUUAUGUGCAAAUGGUACAAUUCAAACUUUGUACCAAUUAGACCUUUCAAAUAAUCAAUUCUCCGGACAAAUUCCAGAUUGCUGGAACAAUUUCGAGUCAUUGGCUUAUUUAGAUUUGAGUCAUAAUAACUUUUCAGGAAAGGUUCCUACUUCAAUGGGAUCGCUUCUUGAUCUUCAAGCAUUGUUUUUGAGAAACAACAGUUUAGUAGGAGGAAUCCAUUUCUCAUUGAGAAAUUGCACAAAGCUAGUAAUGCUAGAUAUGUCAGAAAUCAAAUUAUCAGGGUCCAUCCCUGACUGGAUUGGGACAAAAAUGGAAUUGCAAAUUUUAAGUCUGGAAAAUAAUCGAUUCUAUGGAAGUUUACCAUUACAGAUUUGUCAAUUAAGAAACAUUCAGCUCUUGGAUCUCUCACUAAACAACUUGUCUGGGAAAAUUCCAAAAUGCAUACAGAACUUUACUUCAAUGGCUCAAACAACAUCUUCAAUAUACAAUGAAAAUCAUGUGUAUGUUUUCAACAACAACAGUCAUUUUGUAGGCAAUCAGCCAUACUAUUUGAAUGCCGUCUUGACGUGGAAAGGUUCAAAACAACUGUUUGAGAAUAAGGGUUUAUCACUUUUGAAAAACAUUGAUCUCUCAAGCAAUUAUUUUUCAGAAGAAAUUCCUGUAGAAAUAGAGAAUUUAUCUGGAUUGAUUUCAUUGAACUUAUCAAGAAACAAAUUGAUUGGGAAAAUUCCUUCAAACAUUGGAAAGUUGGCAUCACUUGAUUCUCUUGAUUUGUCAAGAAACCAACUUGUUGGUUCAAUUCCUCCUAGUCUUGCUCAAAUUUAUGGACUUAGUGUUCUAGAUUUGUCACAUAACCAUCUAGUAGGAGAAAUUCCAACCGGCACACAGUUGCAGAGUUUCAAUAGUUCGAGCUAUGAAGAUAACCUUGAUCUUUGUGGACCACCACUUAAGAAAUUAUGUAUUGAUAGAGGGCGAACACAAGAACCAAAAGUUGAAGGUGACGAGGAAGAAGAUACAGUUUUUAGUAAUGAAUUUUUUAUGAGUAUGGGACUUGGAUUUGUUAUAAGCUUCUGGAUGGUGUUUGGCUCAAUUUUAUUCAAGCGUUCAUGGCGACAUGCCUAUUUCCAGUUCUUGAACAAUUUAGCAGACAAUAUUCAUAUCAAAGUAGCGCUCUUAGCUAAAGUGGCGAAGGUGACUUCAAAUUGA